CGUGUCCAUCAGAGAAGAGAAGGACUUUUCUCCCCUCAUCUUCUGCUGCGGGAUGCUGCUUCCGCGUUGCCUCCUCUCUCCUGCACUCCUGCUGCUACUCAGCAUCGUCUCCAUCCAUCCAUUCGCUUUCGCGGCCGCGCGGCAAGCCGGGGAAUGCGACGCUGCGGGCGACUCCGGCGCCGAGAUCCCAGAACUGUAACAUAUCUCGUCGGUGCGAGCUGGAGGAGGAGGAGCCAUUGGUAUCUCGCCAGCGGGGCAGUGAGCCUGGGAUAAUGGCUGAUACCCAGUUAGGGUGCCAUACUAUAGGAUCUCAUGGCAUUAAAGUGGCAAAAUUCCAUUUGUAUGAUUGGAUGAUACUUAUCUUUCUAGCUGUUGUUUAUGGGCUGUUCAACAUAAUUGAGCCUUUUCACCGCUUCGUUGGAAGUGACAUGCUGACAGACUUGAGAUAUCCACUGAAGGGCAAUACAGUUCCAUUUUGGGCUGUUCCAGUAUGUUCUUGCUUUCUGAUUGCAAUUGUGCUGCCCUGGGCCAUCUUUGGUGGAAUUUACUUCAAAAAGAAAAAUGUCUAUGAUUUGCACCAUGGCAUUCUGGGGAUUCUAUAUUCGGUGCUUAUAACUGCUGUGAUUACUGAUGCAAUUAAGAAUGGUGUUGGUCGCCCACGCCCAGAUUUCUUUUGGCGUUGUUUCCCUGAUGGAAAGCCUAAUUUCAAUAAUGUCACUGGUGAUGUCAUAUGCCAUGGAGAAAGGAGUGUCAUCAAGGAAGGCUACAAGAGCUUCCCAAGUGGGCAUUCUUCAGGGGCUUUUGCUGGUCUGGGUUUUCUUGCGUGGUACUUAGCAGGCAAACUUAAAGCUUUUAAACGUGAAGGGCAUAUUGCAAAACUAUGCCUAGUCUUUCUGCCUCUACUUGUUGCAUCACUUGUGGCAGUCUCUCGGGUUGACGAUUACUGGCAUCACUGGCAAGAUGUAUUUGCAGGCGGCAUUAUAGGUCUCACAGUUGCUUCGUUUUGUUACCUGCAAUUUUUCCCAUAUCCAUUUGAUGCUGAUGCUAUAUGGCCUCAUGCUCACUUCCAACUGCUAGCCGAGUCACGAAGCAACGGUAAUGAAAACUCACACAACAUGGGAUGGACAGAGACCGACGCUUUCCAUGAAGGCGCUGGUGCUGUUGCGCUGAGAGACACAAGCCUGGUUCUAGACUCGAUGGAGUCUGGCAGGAGGUUUUGAAACAUGUGAAAGGGAAGUAUAUUGAAGAUGUUCAUUGUUCUGUCUUCAUCAGAGUUGAAACUCUGACGUGAUUAGUUAAUGUGGUAUGUACAGGGUGAAACUGAAGUGCAGGUAGAGUACUAUCAUUAUUCAGAGUAUUUGGAACUCACUAUUGUUUUUAUUCACCUUUCUGUAAUGCAGUAUGCCAUUGUUUUAGUUUAUGCAGAAGCAUGAUAUAUAUAUAAAAAGGAUUUUUGUAGUUUCUUCUGAAGCACGAUGAUACUGAAUAAUAGAUUUAUAAACAGUAACGCA